GUAAUAAUCGUGGCGUUUUAAGCGGAAGACAGAUCUUUGCACAGACUCACGGGCCACUAAUGUGUGUUCCGUUCUACAUAAUUACGCGCAAUAAGGCAUUUUUAGAUCUAGUUCGGAUCUCCACUGUGUGCUACCUUGCUGUCCCCAUGAAGCCACUCCCGUAGGAAAGGUGCUAACCCCCCGCGCUGUGUCGUGCUAAUCUCAGCUCUUCGGGUCUGGUUUCGACGGCAAUGGCAGAACUUGACAAACAGGUUUCUGGGACCGCCUUCACCAAAGCCCAAAAACCUUUAUAAAUACGCACCGUUCCGUGCAGCAAACCAGAAACUACGACGAGAACUCCAGCACUCAUCAGGGGCUCGACUACUUUACAAGAGAGCCAAUCCCUGCUGCAGCAUCACCGCUGGGCAGACGCUCCUCUGUAAGCCGAUCAACCCGGGAUUAAAGCGGGGCACCCACGGAGGCGAAACAAGCCACUCGGAUCGCUUUCAUUUCCAGAGAGAAACAACAACCUAAACUCUCCUCAACAUGAUGAUGCAGCUGGAGGAAUCCAACACUCAGAAGAACUCCCUCUUCAACGCCAUGAACCGCUUCAUCGGCGCGGUCAACAACAUGGACCAGACCGUCAUGCUGCCCAGCAUGCUGCGGGACGUCCCGCUGGAGGAGGACCUAGAGAUGAGCUCCGCGAAGUCGGACAUAGACGAGGGGGACAUGUACAGCUACUACCAGCUGCUCAAGUCCAUCCGCACGGACAUCGAGCUGGGUGUGCGGUGCGCGGCGGAUGACGAGAGGAGCCAGGAGAGCAUGAAGAUCAGCCGCAAGAACUCCUGCACGUCGACCGCCUCCACCGCGUCGCUGUCGUCAGAGGAGGACGAAGACGAGGAGGAGGACGACGAGGAUUUGCAGAAGCAGGUCCAGUACCACCUGACCGGGCUGCAAGGGGUGCUCUCCAAGCUCACCGUGCAGGCCAACUUCCUCACCAAGCGCUACAAGGAGGAGGUGGGGAUCGGAGGAUGGGGCCAGUAGCGCGGAGGAACCGAUCGGAGCCUUCGGUUGUUUUCUAUUAGACUUCUCUUAAUGGUCCUUUUUAUUUUUACUGCUGCUGUUACUACUGCUGAUGGAAUUUGUGGACAAACACUUGAAUGGUAGAGAAAAAAGGGGGCAGCAUAUAUCUCUCCCUAUAGGCUACUAUGCGGUAUUAUUGACUGCGGAUGUGUCGAUCCCGACGGAAUGCGUUUUGUGCACUUGACACCCAACUCUGUUUUGCACUCCAAAGUUUUGUACGCAUCGCGCAUUCCCCGUGAAACACAAAUGAAACAUAUUUAAAACCUGUUAUUUAAUGAAUUAUUUAUUACCUCGCGCUGUUUAAUUUUAGAACCAAAAGGAGCACCGCAUGAACCUCGCACGGCCCGCGGCCUGAACCGCCCCUCGGAGAGGGGGAUACUGACGAAAGACUCCGCGUCCUUGAUUGUGUCGCCGAUGACGUCAGUGCGUUCAGACUUAGGUGGGCCCGUGUGUGUGUGAUCGGUGCCCUUCGGUUCAGACCAGUCUGUGUCAUACUCGGCUUGCAUGGAGGGAGGCAGAUGCUCACUGCCUGUGAUCUCCUGAUGCCCUACAUGGCCACUGAACCAGAAUGAUGCUUCUAGGUGGAGCAGAAUGAGAGGUUUCCAACAAGAUGCUUUUGAUGUUGUUGUUGUUUUUUUGCUAUUAUUGUGCAUUUGUCUGGACGCUUCCAUCUGUCGAAAUAAGCAAACGCUUUUGUAAGCAUUCUUUACACUCCAUUUGUACUGAUGGUAUUUGUUUCUCAAGAAAUAAACUUUUAUAUGAACUUUCA